AUGUCUGCCCUUAUUGACGACGCAAAUCACUCUGCAUCCCACCGCUUCUUUUCGCAAUUUCGGGAUCCCAAGCCCCCAGUGCCCUCCGAGGAUUCUUCCACAUUCGGCUCACCUCCGUUCCCCCCAGACUUUGGUCGCUCUUCUCCGGUCCCGUCCGAAAACCUGGAGACAAUUCUUGCCGCUGAAGUCUCCCUUCCUCCGUCAGUCGAGUCGGACAACAGGGAAGACUUAGGCUCUGAAAAUCCUUCAGUUGUCCUCCCGGAUCCCGACAUCCACGGGUCGGAGCAAGUCGUUACAUCCAGCGCCUCCGAUUCGGCACCUCAGGAACUAGCCUCCUCCCCAUUCUGGGAAACGCUCGCGCUCAUCAUCCACCUCGCCGAGCGUGCCCUCCAGGAAGGAGAGGAGUGUGACACACCCAAGACACCCAUCGCUCCCAACCCAAGAGUCACCAUGUCGUUAAAUGUCUACACAUUCUCGGGGGCUCCCCUCGAGCUGGCACAAGAUUACCUGGAGCACAUCGAGGCCGAGGUCACCUGUCUCGGCCUUGAGGGCCGCGCCUCAGGAAUUAAAUCCAUGGCUGAAUUUAAGGCGGGUCUGAGAGGAGACGCAAGGGAAUGGUACGGCAUGCAGACCACUCUCGCCCAGAAGAGGAAUUGGACUCUCCUCCGCACAGCCUUCGAGAAUCGUUUCCCCGACGAGGAGAAUGACGACCGGUUCGACGCGGAAACCAAGGCUCAAGUCUCUAAAUCCUCCAGACUUCCCGGAAAGGCUCUCACCACAUACCUCACCCGAGCCAAGCACCUCAACAGUCGGGUCAAGGACACAGUCACUCGACACAUCCUUAUGGAGAGGAUGAUCACCCAGAUGGUGGACGGAGAGUCGGGAGCAGACAUACAGAAGCAGAUUUACAAUCACCUCCUCCUGAAGGAUAAGGCCACCUGGGACCGCAUUCUCCUUCUCGACGGGAUGACCUUCGAGGAACUCAGACAAGUCGCUAUGCACUAUGUCAUCACUCCGGGAAAGGCAGCUCGGAUAAGGGAGGAAACCUCCCGCCCGGUUCCAUCCGAUCCCACAAAAAGACUCGCCAUCACCAUAGAACAGAUGGUGUCAUUAAUGGAGGCCAUGAUAAGGGGAGUCAAAACUCAAGCUCCAGCUCCUUUUCCUCCACCCGAACAUGCUGCUCCCCGAUAG